AUUUCAAUAAUAUCUCUGUAACAUAUAUAGAUAUAAUCACUUCUUCGUCUUGCUAGAGUCUGUCUAAAGAUCAAAGAAGAGAAAAUUUUCAUGGAAAACAAGGCCACAGCUGAGUCCCUACGCAUUUACGAAGACUUUGAACCCUUCUGCAAAUGGAAUGGACGCGACGAGAUUGAGCUCCAUCUUCGCAGUUUUAGAAAGGAACACCUGAAGGUUCAAAUUCAUAAGGGAUUCGUUAUAAUCCAUGGAGAACGUCCUUUGAAGGAAAGUAAUGGAAACACAUGGAGGCGCUUCCACAAAGAAAUCAAACUUUCAGACAAGUGCAAUCCAAAUGACAUUCACGCUAAGCUUCACAGUGCAGGAGUCCUUACAGUGACAAUGCCUGUAGCAGUCAAUGCUGGUGAUUAUGAUGCUAAUAAACCAACAAGCUGCGAAUUUAAGGGCCAAAGGAUGUUAGUUUCUAGACGAUUGAAAGUGGGAAAAGAUGUUACAGUGAAGCUUCUAGCGGCAGUUGCUGUGAUUGUAGCUUUUGGAUUUGGCGUAUAUGUUGUCAAAUGUUACAAUUAAACAAUGGACACCACCAUCACCAUGUAUAGAUAUACCAUAUUAAUAAAUGUUUAUCAAAUUCUAAUUAA